GCCCUCAAGUCCACUACGAUUUUACAUAUUGGACACGGAGGCCCUCGGAAUCCUCGACAGGACGCAUAUUGCACUUUUCAUCCAUGAGCAUACUAUCAUACAACGGCUCAGCUGUCAUUGGAAUGGCUGGAGAGGGUUGUGUGGCAAUAGCGUCCGAUCUACGGUUCGGCGUUAACUUGCAGACGAUCUCCACUGAUUUUACGAAGGUUCAUCAGUUGUGCCCUCGAAUCUUUGUGGGACUUCCUGGCUUGAUGACAGACAACCAGACAGUAUUUCAGCGACUGCAGUUCAGAAAAAACGUUUAUGAGCUAAGGGAAAACAAAUCCAUCCGGCCGAAAACAGUGACGACAAUGCUGUCCAAUCUUCUUUACGAACGAAGAUUUGGUCCUUACUUCGUCGAGCCAGUAGUUGUUGGACUUGACCAUGCUUCGGGGAAACCUCAUGUCGCUUGCAUGGACCUCAUUGGUUGUAUCUCUGAGGCAGACGACUUCGUCGUUGGUGGUACAUGCACUGAACAGUUGUAUGGAAUGUGCGAAACACUUUGGGAAGACAAAAUGAAACCACCUCAGCUGUUCGAAUGCAUUUCACAAUGCAUCCUUAAUGCAGCAGAUCGUGACUGUCUCUCUGGCUGGGGUGCCCGCGUGUACCUAAUUGAACCGGAGAAGGUUACCAUUUCCGAUUUGAAAAUGCGCAUGGACUGAGAUGGAGUGAUAUCCCUCGUUUUUACGAUUCAAUUAAAACGAAUGUCUACUACUUUGA